AUGGAUUCUGCUUAGCCGUCAAUCAUGGUGCUUUGGCUCCUACUCACUAAAAUAGGUUCCGUGGAACCUCCUUGCGUUAUUAUGUACCUAGUGGAUUCCUAGAGUUAGCUUCUGAGUCGACUCAGAAGUCAGUUUGUACCUAGUGAGUUUCUAGAGUUCACCCUCCUUUUCCAGGCGCAUCGGGAUUGUUCCGAAAGAACGGUAGCAGUCAUAGUCUGCUGGUAGACAACAAAAGCCUCUCUCGAGCCACCACGUGGCAGAGCCUGAAUGGCUGCUGUCGCGGAGGCUGGCGUCGCGGGCAGCAGCAAACCGGGGAGUAGCAACGCUGCCGAAGCCGGGAAUCCCGGCGGGAAAUCUGGCCGGUCAGAGCGCGAUCGCGUGUACGACAUACCGUGGGUGGAGAAGUAUCGACCGCAGCGCGUAGAAGACAUAGUGGGGAACGAGGACGCGGUGUCGCGAUUAUGCGUGAUCGCACGCGAUGGCAACAUGCCGAAUCUCAUCUUCGCUGGCCCCCCUGGCACUGGAAAAACCACCAGCGUGCUGGCGCUGGCCCACGCGCUACUAGGCCCCAGCUACCGAGACGCUGUCUUAGAACUGAAUGCAUCUGACGAUAGAGGCAUUGAUGUGGUUCGCAACAAGAUCAAGAUGUUCGCCCAGAAGAAAGUCACUCUGCCGCCCGGGCGGCACAAGAUAAUUCUAUUGGAUGAGGCUGACAGCAUGACAGCAGGGGCCCAGCAGGCCCUGAGAAGAACCAUGGAGAUCUACUCGUCGACAACCCGAUUCGCCCUGGCGUGCAACGUGUCCUCGAAGAUCAUCGAGCCCAUCCAGAGCCGCUGCGCCGUGGUGCGCUUCUCCCGCCUCACGGACGCUCAAGUGCUGGCCAGGCUCAUGCUGGUGGUGCAGGAGGAGAAGGUGGCGUACGUACCAGAGGGGUUGGAGGCCAUUGUCUUCACAGCGGAUGGGGACAUGAGGCAGGGGCUCAACAACCUUCAAGCCACUGCCACUGGCUUCGGGCUGGUCAACGCUGAUAACGUCUUCCGGGUGUGCGACCAGCCUCACCCGUUAAAGGUGGCAGCGACAGUCAAGGCAUGUCUCGCAGGCGACAUUGACACGGCCUGUGACGGCAUCCGGGAUCUCUUUGCGCUGGGCUAUGCUGCGUCGGACAUCAUCACCACGCUCUUCAGAAUCGUCAAGAACUACGACAUGCCCGAGUUUUUGAAGCUGGAGUUUAUACGGGAGGUUGGGUUUUGCCACAUGAGAAUAGCAGACGGAGUGGGGUCGGUGUUGCAACUGUCUGGCUUGAUGGCCAAGCUCUGCAAAAUAGCGAGAAAUGCAGCCCCUAAGUAACCCUAAUGUGUAACGAGGCAUGCUAUACAGAGCAUUGGGUGUAGAG